AUGCAUUCGCUGUUGUUCCUGUGUGUCGCCUGGCUGCUGCCAAUGGCCUUGACACUGGAAGAAGAAUCCCUAGAGUACCCCCUUCCCCGUAGAACCGUCCCCUAUCAACAGGACAAUAUUUACAUGUUUAAUGAAGAAGGCGUCUUCAACUAUUCUACGAUGCUGUUAAGGGAAGACCUGGGCCUGUUGGUCAUUGGGGCCAGGGAGGCUGUUUAUGCUGUCAAUAUCUAUGAUGUUUCUAAAAAGUUUGAUUCAGUGAAAUGGGAAGUGACGCAAAAACAAAAAGACGAUUGUAGAAACAAAGGGAAAAACCCAGAGACUGAAUGCAAGAACUACAUUAGAAUUCUUCAUGAAAUGAAAAACAACCAAAUGUAUGUGUGUGGCACUAAUGCUUUCGACCCAGAGUGUGACUACAUGUCAUACAGCGAUGGGAAGUUGACUCUAGAAAAAAAAUCUGAAGAUGGGAAAGGCAAAUGUCCAUUUGAUCCUUAUCAAAAAUAUGCCUCCCUCAUGGUUGAUGACGACUUGUACUCUGCCACAUCAAUGAACUUCCUGGGCUCAGAACCUGUUCUGAUCCGGAGUCCUGAUGUCUCGAUACGAACUGAGUUCAAGACCUCAUGGCUUAAUGAGCCUCACUUUGUGUCGUUGGCUCAUAUGGCUGAGAGUGCUGACAGUGCCACUGGAGAUGAUGACAAAGUAUACCUCUUCUUCAGUGAGACGGCAGUGGAGUGUGACUGCUAUAAUAAACUGGUGGUGUCCCGUGUAGCUCGUGUGUGCAAGGGCGAUCUGGGAGGGGAGAGGACCCUACAGAAAAAGUGGACUUCUUUCCUGAAGGCCAGGCUGGAGUGUCCAGUCCUGGAGUCUCAGCUGCCUUACGUCAUAAAGGACUCUUACCACUGGUGUGAUCCAGAGAAGCCUUGGACCUCUUGUUUGUUCUACACCAUAUUUACUCCACAGUCAGACGCAUCAGAACUGUCGGCUGUGUGCGUGUACAAAGUUUCGGACAUCAGCAGAGUGUUUUCAGAGGGAAAGUACAAGACCCCUGUCACUGUAGAGACGUCUUUUGUUAAAUGGGUGAUGUAUAGUGGAGAGGUCCCUUCCCCGCGGCCUGGAGCAUGUAUUGACAAUGCAGCUCGUAAAGUGGGCAUAAAUCAGACCUUAGACCUCCCAGAUCAGACACUUCAGUUUGUCAAAAAUAGGCCACUCAUGGACCAGGUCAUUCAGCCUGUUGGAGGAAAACCCAGUCUGGUCCGAAAAGGGGCCAUGUUCACUCGAAUCAUUGUGAACAGGGUGCAGGCUGCGGAUGGCAACAUGUACGAUGUUAUGUUUAUUGGCACAGAAAAUGGCACUAUAGUAAAAGCCUUGAAUUCUGAUGGAGAAAUGUUCAUAAUUGAGGAAGUGCAUGUCUUAAAGUCACCAGAGCUUAUUAAGAUACUCCGCUUUUCCACCCGCACGGAUCAGCUGUAUGUUGGAUCAGACUCUGGAGUUGUCCAAAUAUCUCUUGCCACCUGUGAAAGGUCUACCACAUGCAUGGACUGUGUUCUUAACAGAGACCCAUACUGUGGCUGGGACAAAGGAAGUGGCAAAUGUAUUGCUCUCUCUAAAUCACAAAAUGAACUCAUUCAAAGUGUACAAGAUGGUGAUGCAUCUCUUUGCCCAAAAACUGAUCCAUUCACACCGAUUAAUCAAUCGAUUUGGGUUGGUGGCAACUUGAAGCUUCAGUGCACUAAUCCAUCCAACCAUGCUGCAACCUUAUGGAAGCAAGACAGUGAAACGCUGAACCCUACACGCCGUCACCACUUUUUGAAAGAUGGCUUACUGAUUCUGAAUGUGUCCAACUCGGAUACCGGUCUUUAUCGUUGCCUCUCAGUGGAGCGUUCCAAAACCAAUGAGUUUAUAAGCACUGUGGCAGAGUACCAGGUUCUCGUAGGCUUGUCUAAAGCUGGAGCUGGAGAUGGCGUGCUGGUUCCUCAUGCUCAGUGCGAUGGACCUUCAGUCGCAGGCCUACAUGCUGCAAUCACCAUCUUUGCAUUAGCCUUUUUUGGGCUUCUAUCUUUUAAUAUAUACAAAGGACACUUCACCCAGUUGUGCAAACACCGAGACAAGAGUGGACAACAGUCUUACACCUUUGAGGAGAUGGCCUUAGACUCGAGCAACAACAAGCAGCAGGCAGGGACCGAGAAGCCCCUAGUGUCUAACACGAACAGCAGCAGUAAUAAUAAUCACAACAAUGGAGAAGCCACAUAA